AUGCGCCGCUCCACCACGUCCACCAUGCACGACGACGACGACGACGACGAUAUUGUCGCUUUCGCUGCCUUGUCGGAACGUCUAAGACAACGCAUAGACCAUGCAUUUAACUCAGCCAUCGCGGUUGACUCCCAGCCAGGUCCUCCCCGCAAAAGGCGCAAGAUAAACCGCACGAGCGGUGAACGCUCAACCGCCGAGCCUGGAGGGUUCAUCAUCGACGAUCAGCAACCUGGAGGAUUUCUCUUUGAAGAUUCUCAGCCUGGAGGUUUCAUUGUAGAUGGUCCGGAGCGGGAAGGUUUCCUCAUCGACGAGGGCCUCGACACCAGCAACUCCGAAGGUGAAAAUACAUUAUCACGCACGGACACCACCCAGAUCCCCUUGUCAUACAUUCCUACCGCGCUACAGAUACUGGACAUCCCACCGGACGACGAGGACAUCCUCUCUGUGUUCCGCACCGCUGCAUCCGGAUGGCAGGGCAGCCAUCAGCUAAACCUCACACACGAAAGCGUCAAUGAGCAGUACGUCAGCCGCAAGGACUGGCGUACCGUUUGCGCUGUGCUGCUCGACACUGCCGUAGACAGUACAGACAGGAGUGCGGAGGCAAGUGCUGCUGAAGGACCCGAUGCAGACGCGGACGAGAUGGACGAAGAAGCAGACUCUAGCGAUGAAUACAUGGCUUCGGACGCAGAGAGUGAAUCUGCUGAAGAUGCAGAAGAUUCGGAUGAGGAUUAUCAGGAAGGCGGUUUCGUUACUUUCAAGGCCAAGUCAAAAUCCAAGGCUGUAGCUGGACAUGCAACGAGGAGAACCUCUAGGGCUGCCUCGUCCGCAAUUGACGAGCACGGCGAGGACCAUAUCCAUGUCCAACAACCCCGUCAGCUCACCGCACGGCAGAAGGAAGAGUGCCGUCGUACGUUCGCGCUCUUCUUCCCUGGUGUCUUGGACGGAGAUAUUGACACACAGAAGAUCAUGAUCAAGGACAUCAGCCGAGUAUUUAAGCUGCUGAAGGAGAAAAUCACGGCAGAAGAGAUCGUGGAGAUGCUCGAAGUUUUCUCAACCUCCUCCGACAAGUCCAUGUGCCUUCGGGACUUUGAACGAAUGAUGGUCGCGGCGAAGUUGGUCUGA